CCUCACACAAAACAAGGAGCGGAGAAUGAAAACAAAGAAAGCCUUGUGAAGGUGAAUUAGGUCAGCAUUGCUGAGUGAAUGGAGGGGCGGUGUGGAAACUGUUCGAAGGUUCACCUCGAGAGAGGAGAGCGCAGCAACAGCUGGAAAAGGUAGGGAGCUCGGGCCACCUGGUAGUGAUAACGAGCGAUAAGCGGUGCCUGACCUGUCCUCAGUGCUCUUGCUGGGCAAAAACGCACGGACAUUUGCCGCCUGGCAGUGGCAGGACCCGCACUCGUCAUCCGAGUGGCCGCCUAGAGAUCGCCUCUGGAACCUGGCCAACCUUACCAAACCAAACUCACCUGCAACGAAAGCCAGAGCUGGAGGUGUCUUUAACUUUCCAUCUCAUCACCAACUCAAAUUUCAUUUUUUGCAGAUAAAAACUCUGCCAUCGUUUCCGCUGGAGAGGCCCCCCAUCUCCCAGAAACAACUCCCAUUAUCAACAACCCCGCCGACGACCGACUUCGUUUCCCCCUCCUCUCCGACCCAUUAUCAACGAGUCUCCCACUUGACAUCAUCACAAAUACCGACAAGAUGGCUCCCGAGCCUAGUGCCGAUCACCCUGAGCACAAGAAGAAGGUCAACCUCAUGGAUGCCUCUGGUGCUGAGCGCAAGGAUGAAGAUGACACCGCCACCGCCAUUCUCAAGAAGAAGAAGAAGCCCAACCAGCUGAUGGUGACGGAUGCCGUUAAUGACGACAACUCCAUCAUCGCCCUCUCCAACAACACCAUGGACACUCUCCAGCUGUUCCGUGGCGACACUGUCUUGGUUCGUGGCAAGAAGAGAAAGGACACUGUGUUGAUCGUCCUUGCCGACGACGACCUCGAUGAUGGCAGUGCCCGCAUCAACCGUGUUGUCCGUCACAACCUUAGGGUCAAGCACGGUGACAUGAUCACAAUUCACCCAUGCCCCGAUAUCAAAUAUGCCAAACGUAUUGCCGUUCUCCCAAUCGCCGACACCGUCGAGGGCCUUACCGGCUCUCUCUUUGACGUGUUCCUCGCUCCUUAUUUCCGCGAAGCCUACCGCCCCGUCAGACAAGGUGACCUCUUCGUGGUACGCGGAGGCAUGAGAGCGGUCGAGUUCAAGGUUGUCGAGGUUGACCCUCCUGAGUACGGCAUCGUCGCUCAAGAUACGGUUAUCCAUUGCGAGGGCGAGCCCAUCCAGCGUGAUGAGGAGGAGAACAACCUCAACGAGGUUGGCUAUGACGACAUUGGUGGUUGCCGCAAGCAGAUGGCUCAGAUUCGUGAAAUGGUCGAGCUGCCACUCCGCCACCCUCAGCUUUUCAAGUCGAUUGGUAUCAAGCCCCCACGUGGUGUGCUCCUUUUCGGACCUCCUGGUACCGGUAAGACACUCAUGGCUCGUGCUGUUGCCAACGAGACGGGUGCCUUCUUCUUCCUGAUCAACGGUCCCGAGAUUAUGUCCAAGAUGGCCGGUGAAUCCGAGUCCAACUUGAGAAAGGCGUUCGAAGAGGCUGAGAAGAACUCCCCGGCUAUCAUCUUCAUUGACGAGAUCGAUUCCAUCGCCCCCAAGCGUGACAAGACCAACGGCGAGGUUGAGCGUCGCGUUGUCUCUCAGCUCUUGACCCUCAUGGACGGCAUGAAGGCCCGUUCCAACGUUGUGGUCAUGGCCGCUACCAACAGACCCAACUCUAUUGAUCCUGCCCUCCGCCGCUUCGGUCGUUUCGAUCGUGAGGUCGACAUUGGUGUCCCUGACCCAACUGGCCGUCUUGAGAUUCUCCAGAUCCACACCAAGAACAUGAAGCUUGGUGACGACGUUGAUCUCGAGCAGAUCGCUGCUGAGACUCACGGUUACGUCGGUUCCGAUAUUGCCGCCCUCUGUUCCGAGGCUGCCAUGCAGCAGAUUCGUGAGAAGAUGGAUCUCAUUGAUCUGGACGAGGAUACCAUCGAUGCCGAGGUCCUCGACUCUCUUGGUGUGACCAUGGAGAACUUCCGCUUCGCCCUUGGCGUGUCCAACCCCUCCGCUCUUCGCGAGGUUGCCGUUGUCGAGGUUCCCAACGUCCGCUGGGAGGAUAUCGGUGGUCUCGAGACCGUCAAGGAGGAGCUCAAGGAGAGUGUUCAGUAUCCCGUCGAUCACCCUGAGAAGUUCCUCAAGUUCGGCAUGUCCCCAUCCCGCGGUGUCCUGUUCUAUGGUCCUCCUGGUACGGGUAAGACAAUGUUGGCAAAGGCUGUUGCCAACGAGUGCGCUGCCAACUUCAUCUCUGUCAAGGGUCCUGAGCUGCUUUCCAUGUGGUUCGGUGAGUCUGAGAGCAACAUUCGUGACAUUUUCGACAAGGCUCGUGCCGCCGCUCCUUGCAUUGUCUUCCUCGACGAGUUGGACUCUAUUGCCAAGGCCCGUGGCGGUUCCGUUGGUGAUGCUGGCGGUGCUUCCGACCGUGUCGUCAACCAGCUCCUUACUGAAAUGGACGGCAUGACCUCCAAGAAGAACGUCUUCGUCAUUGGCGCUACCAACCGUCCCGAGCAGCUUGACCCUGCCCUGUGCCGUCCUGGUCGUCUCGACUCCCUCAUCUAUGUCCCUCUUCCCGAUGAGGCUGGCCGUCUCAGCAUCUUGACCGCUCAGCUCCGCAAGACUCCUGUCGCUGACGAUGUCGACCUCAACUACAUCGCUUCCAAGACCCACGGCUUCUCCGGUGCCGAUCUUGGUUUCAUCACGCAGCGCGCUGUCAAGCUUGCCAUCAGGGAGGCCAUCUCUACCGAGAUCCAGCGCACCAAGGAGCGCGAGGCUAACGGUGAGGAUGUCGAUAUGGAGGGCGAGGAGGACCCCGUUCCUGAGCUCACCAAGCGCCACUUCGAGGAGGCCAUGCAGAUGGCUCGCCGUUCCGUCAGUGAUGUCGAGAUUCGUCGCUAUGAGGCCUUUGCCCAGCAAAUGAAGAACGCCGGUCCAGGCGCCUACUUCAAGUUCCCCGAGGGUGGUGUUGAGGGUGCUGCCGGCAACGGUGGUGCUGGCAACUCGUUCGGUGAUGCUGGUGAUGAUGAGGGUCUCUAUGACUAAACGUAUCAGCCAUGACCUACGAGUUUGGCAAAAAAAAAAGAUCCGCAGCCCAUGUAUUCUAGUUUACUCCAGCAUUACGCUGUCUAGCAGUUUGCACAAUCGGUCGGGGAGUUCUUUAGGCAAAUGGGGUUUACAGCGGUGUACUUGGGCGGUCAGUUAUUUCGAUUGGCCUAACAGCGGAGCUAUUAUUCGGUAGCAAGUUUGCCCCCAGUCUUGAGGCUCAUGGUUUUUGAGACUGGGCAGUGUGGACUUUCUGCGUAGUUGUGGGCGGGCGCGAUGAGGCAAAGAGUUUCAUAGUUGCUAGAGGCGCUGGUUAUUACGAUGGGCGUCUAAUGAUUUAUUUAUGAUGGCCGUUUUUAAUGGCAAACAAUCAAGACUAUAGAUUGCACACUGUUUACUGUGUGUUUUGGUGA